GAGGAUGCCUGUACUUCUGUAUCAUCAGUGUGGAGAAGCUUGUACUGGGUGUUGAGUUAAUCAUGCUGAGGAUGAUGGGAAGAUGCCUGACACUCAUUUUACUGUCUUCACUUGUAAUACUCAUCACAGCUGACUAUGGGAAUGUGAGGUUGGUUGGUGGACACAAUCGCUGUGCUGGUAGAGUGGAGGUUCUUCUUAGAGGUCAGUGGGGAACAGUGUGUGAUUAUGACUGGGAUUUGGUUGAUGCUGCAGUGGUGUGUAGAGAACUGGACUGUGGAGAACCUGUAGAUGCUCUGACUGAUGCUCAUUUUGGACAAGGAUCAGGACCAAUCUGGAUGAGUGCUUAUUGUUUUGGAUCAGAGUCCACACUGAAGAACUGUGGGUCAACAGGAUAUGGUAAAACCAGAUGUGAUCAUUCUAAAGAUGCUGGAGUCAUCUGCUCAGUCGCUGUGCUGGUAGAGUGGAGGUUCUUCAUAGAGGUCAGUGGGGAACAGUGUGUGGUGAUGGCUGGGAUUUGGCUGAUGCUGCAGUGGUGUGUAGAGAACUGGACUGUGGAGAACCUGUUGAUGCUCUGA